AUUUAUAUCAAAUACAUUUUCCCCUCUAAAUUAAUUUAGUUUUUGCAACAAACAACUUUAAUCUUCUCAUCUUAUCAAUGCACGCGCACAGACACAAACACCAGGAGUCGCCUCAAGUUUUGAAAAGUUCCACUUGAUAGUUCAUUAUCAUUAAGUACAUUAACAUUAUUAAAACAAAGCCGUGAGAGGCUUCAGUUUUGAUUGGAGCAAGGCAUCUUAGAGGUGCAUUUACAGACAGUUGACCUUCGCCGCGUCUUAUCUCUUUGCAGGAGUCGUGAGGGAAACAUUUUUUAACGGGAGCUUUGUUAUGUUGCACGGAGCCGUUUAGGGCUCAGUGAGGACUUCACACUCCUGCGCGGUUAUUUUAUGAAUAAAUAAAAAAUAAAUAAAAACAGGUCAUAAAUAUACUUGAGCGGCCCUCCAAGGUAUAACCUAUGUGUGGGAAACACUGAAGAUAACUGAAAUUUCAACACUUCACAACCCUUUUUUCGUGUAAAAGUCACACAAAACCCAUUUAGAAAUAAAUAAGAAACAAAACUGAAUUGUUUUGUACAGCAGAUCUUUAUGGCACACUUCUCACAGUGAAGUACAUAAAAACAACUGGUUUUGCAUUUUAGUAAGCCUACUUUCAAAAAUAGGCAAAGACAGCCUCUGUUUCAGGCUUUCUCAUCGUUCAGGCUGACUGCUUUAAAUGAGCUCAGCAAGUUUCCUGUUUAUGACUGAAUAGAGCAAAGGGGGUGUCAGGGGAUUAAGUAGUGGUUAGUGGUAGACUUGAGGACUGUAACAGAUCAGUGGGCCAUCACAGACACAUUCAGGCAGCAGCUCAUCUGGCAAGGACAAAAGGUGACUAGCUGAACGGUGCACAGUGACUACUUUCACCAUGGGGACUGCUUAUCUACUUGGACUCUUAAGCUUGAUUACAGGCUUCUCUGUGCUGCAGCAGGUGAGAAGCUGGAACAUCACUGUACCUAAAACAGUGACUGCAGUGGAGGGGAGCUGUGCUGUAGUACCAUGUCAGACAAAAGCUCAUGUCCGGGUCACCUGGUAUCAAUACAGUAAGGUGUAUUAUCCUGUGGUGUAUGACAGAUAUCCUCCUACAGUGGAACAACAGUUCAGAGGACGCACCUCAGUAAAGGGAGCAGCCACAGAGGGUAACUGCACCCUGACAAUAAAAAAUAUAAGAAGAACAGACAACAACCUUAAAGUCUAUGUGUGGAUCAAUCCAGACUCAAUAACAAGUCAGAAAUUCUUUGAUCAAACUGUUACGGUCUAUGUUGAAAGAAAAGCUCCAAUAAUCUCCAUUGAGAAGCAAAUAGUGGAGGGGGACGUUUUCCAGGCUAACUGCAGCCUUAUCCACUCUUGCCCCUCAUCAACUCCAUCCCUUAAAUGGAUAAAAAAUCAAUUUCUCAAUAACUCCACUUUAAAGGCUACCAACGAGAAACAAAAUAUGCUAUGGAUGUACACAGAGACCAUGUAUGGGCUAGCAACAUAUGAAAUGCAUAACAGCAAAAUGGGUUGUUCUGCAGUGUUCAGCGACUUCACCACAGACAGUCAACCAGUAAUUCUCAACAUUUUAUAUAAACCAGUUAAUGUGACCCUAACAGCAGAAAAUGACUCUGUAAUAGAUGGGGGAAGCGUCAUCAUGAAGUGUGCCGCCAACUCGAACCCACGUCCACACACAUACUCGUGGUUCACAAGACAAAUGGGUCAGAACAUAAAGUCAAAUACAAAACGGGGAAGACUACUCUUCAACAACAUCACGCGAAAAACUUCUAUCUCCUGCACGGCUCUCAAUGAGAUUGGAGCAGGACAGUCUGACUGGUUGGAUCUGGAUGUUCAACAUGCCCCAAUAAUCCUACCUGCGUCCUUCUGCUACCUGACAGGGGAGGCUCUGAAGUGUGUCUGCCAGGCUGAGGCAUCCCCUGAUGCCUCUAUAUGUUGGACCAUUAAUGGAAAUGACACCUUCUCAUCCUCCUUCAGCUUUGUUUUUACGAAUGAGAAACAUGUCACCUCUGGGCAAUUAAGUGGCCCAGCUGAAAGCCAGGUUAAUGUAACUUGCACAGCCAUUAACUCCCUGGGCAGUGACACCAGACGACUUGAUUUAUACUUGUCAGAAUCAUCGUCUUUGUCCAUGUGGUUGGUAGCGGUCAUGGUCCUUGUUGGUAUUGCUUUGUUGUGUGCAGUCGGCAUUUACAUAAUAUAUUCUCAACUCAGAUCAUCACCUGGCUCUUUGUCCAAUGCUUCAUUUCUUUUAAGACCGCUGAGUUUACCAGAGACUAUCCAAGAGGAACAGAGGUACCAGUGUCCUCAAAGAGUUCAAAUUGAGGAAACACAAUCAAACACAGGCAGACCAGAGAGCGACCCUGAGGAGGACACACUUUCCUGCGUUUAUGACAAUUGUGUUGAAAUUCGACAAUCCAGAGCCGAGAAGCAGGAGAACAACUCAACAGCCCCCAGUGGAGAGGUCACAGAAGAGCCACUAGGAAAGGUGAGAAGUAUAAAACUUGAAAAAACAAACUUAUUUUACAAAUAUAGCCAAGGUAAGUAAUCAUUAAGCAUAACAACACAUGGAAUCACAAUAUUGUUCUAGAAUACCCUUUUGCAACAGUGCCAUGUAUUACAAGUCACAUAAUUCAUAAAUAUUAGAAUUAUACU